CAUAUCUUAGAAAAAGGUGAAGCAUUUUCAUCACCACUUUCUGAUGACGAAACUUCUAGCUCCGAAGAAAGUGAAGAUUUAGAAGAACUUGAAUCAAAUGAAAAUAUUACUGAUGAAUCUGAAAA